AGAGGGCGUGCCUGCUCACACACCGGAGAGCAGAGUGUGGGGAAAGAGAAGCUGUCAGCCGAGGGACGUAUGGCAAGGAAGGAUCCCUGACAUUCUACACCAAAUCAAGAAUUUUUGCCAUUGCUACUCUUCUUUUUUUUAAUUUCAAAGGAGAGACAGGUGACAUCGCACCUCACUGCAACUACAAUCAUGCUUCACUCUCCUUCUCCACUGAAAACAGCACUGGCUUAUGAGUGUUUCCAGGACCAGGCCAAUUCAACCCUAGCUUUGCCCUCGGAUCACAAGCUGAAAACUAGGGGUACAGGAAAACAGAGGGUUCAGGAGCAGGUGAUGAUGACAGUCAAACGGCAGAAGCAAAAGUCCUCCCUCUCAUCAAAUGCAGGCCAGUCUAAUCGAGGUUCUAUGUAUGAUGGUCUGUCUGAUGGUUACAGCUAUGGAACAGCCCGUGGUAGCUACUAUGCAAAAGCCCACACAGGAAACAACAGCUGGGGCCAUGGGCUGUACAAUGGAACACUCAAACGGGAUGCAGAGAAUAAACGCUACAGCUCAUACAGCCAAAUGGAAAGCUGGGGCGGCCGGCACUACAACAAGAUCUGCAGCCCUACCAGUCCUGGCAGUGAUUACUGCUUUGUGAACAUGAAGAGUAGCCGAAGUGAGCCAGACCUCUACUGUGAUGCUCCACGAAGCACACUGAGGAGAAACCAGAGUGGAAGUCGGGUGGGGCACAAGGCCACUCUGAAUCGUCACAGCAUCUACAGCAGUUGCAACAAUCAAGGCACUAUAACCACAACUAGGACAAACAAAAGAAUUCCAGUGCGUAGUCCCUCUUGCACCUCUGCUAACAACAAGCAAGAUGUAGUCUAUGCCCAACCUGUAGCAAGCAGCAAGCAAGAUGUGAUCUAUACACACUCAAACUCCAAAAUUUGCAAUGAUGAGGUGGAUUAUGGAGCAAUGACCAUCCCGAAAGCCAUACAACUCCUGUGUUCCUUAGAUGAGAAGUACCAGGCCAUGGGUGGUUACUACCUCCAGCACACCUGUUUUCAAGAUGAAUCUGCCAAACAAGAGGUCUACCGACUUAGUGGCAUUGCCAAACUUGUUGAACUUCUCCGCAGUCCAGAUGAAAAUGUGCAGCAAGCUGCAGCUGGGGCCCUUCGAAACUUAGUGUUCAGAAAUCCGACCAACAAGUUAGAGACUCGACGCCAGAAUGGAAUUCGAGAGAGUGUGAGCCUCCUGAGAAGAACUGGAAGCACAGAAAUACAGAAGCAAGUGACAGGAUUGCUCUGGAAUUUAUCAUCCACUGAUGAGCUGAAAGAAGAUUUGAUUCAUGACGCUCUCCCUGUCUUGACUGAUUGUGUUAUUAUCCCUUUCUCUGGCUGGUCUGAUGGCAUCAGUAACAGAUCAAGAGAAAUUGUAGAUCCCGAAGUAUUCUUCAAUGCCACUGGCUGUUUGAGGAACUUGAGUUCUGCAGAUGCAGGACGCCAAACUAUGCGGAACUACUCUGGUCUGAUUGACUCUGUGAUGACUUACUCCCAGAAUUGUGUGGCAGCCAACCGGCCAGAUGACAAGUCUGUGGAGAACUGCAUCUGUAUCCUACAUAACCUGUCUUACCGCCUGGAUUCUGAGGUGCCUAAUAAAUACACGCAACUUAAUCACAUGGCCAGGAGCACUUACACUGACAAAACCCUGACUGGCUGCUUCAACAACAGAGGUGGAAGAAUGGAGUAUGAUGAGUAUGAUCUGCCCCUUCCUGAGGAGGACUAUAAACCCAGGGGGUCCAGCUGGCUUUACCAUUCAGAUGCCAUCCGGACAUAUUUGUCUCUGAUGGACCAGAGCAAGAAAGAUGCCACCCUAGAAGCUUGUGCUGGAGCCCUGCAAAAUCUGACUGCAAGCAGAGGACUGAUGUCAAAUGGAAUGAGCCAGCUGAUUGCUAUAAAGGAGAAAGGUUUACCUCGUAUAGCACGACUCCUGCAGUCCAAUAAUGCAGAGGUUGUCCGAUCUGGAACAUCCUUGCUGAGUAAUAUGUCUCGACACCCCAUUCUCCAUAAAACUAUGGCUCACCAGGUUCUCCCAGACGUGACUCGUCUCCUAGCACUCCAGGCUCCAGGUUCCAGCAACUAUGGAGAAAUCAUGUCAUCUGCUUGCUACACCCUGAGGAACUUAAUUAUGUCCAAUCCACAGAUGGCCAAACCCUACUUGACAGGCAGCCUGAUAAAUAACGUAGUAGGCCUCUGCCGAAAUGGCUCCUAUCCAAAAGCAGCUGAAGCUGCUCGUCUUCUACUAGCUGACUUGUGGUCGCACAGGGAGCUCCAAUCUAUGCUGAAACAGCAAGGAUAUGAUAAGAGUAUGAUGGGAUCCUUAACAGGAAACACUUUCAGGAACCUGUCUUCUAGAUUCUAAGAAGAAAUCUUCAUUGCAUUUUUGGACUGCAGAGUUUGUAACAGGUUCCUGUCUGGGAGACCUCAACCCUCAAGGAAUUAAUUAACUCAUUAAAGACAUUCACAGUGUUUUGAGAGGUCAACUCUGUUGUAAAACUGGGUAUGAAACAUGUAUUGCCUGAUUGUAGGUAUCGGAAAAUGUUUUAAUGGAUAUUUUAAAUAUUUUUUUUCUUUUUUCUGGGGGCAGGAUGGGAGUUUGGAGGUUAAUGUCAUUUGGAGUUGAUUGUUGUAUCUGUAAAAAAGAAAUUGAGGAGUACUAUUUGAAAAGAUGUAAAGACUAAAUCAGGCACCUACCUCCCAACCAAUAUAAUGGUCAUUAUAGGCAAGUUUACAAAGAUAAUACCAAUCUAACCACCAGCCAGAGCUUCAAAAACAGCACUUCCCUAUAUCUAUUAUAUAGUUAGCAUAUGUAUAUAGGGAGAAGCAGAUAUUAAGUGUCAUAAAAGACAAUUGGGUGCCAUAUAAAUAUGUGUCUAAUCCUUUUAACUUCUCAUUUUUAUCACAUUGUAUAAAGUUACUAAAAUUCUGUAUAGCACCUGAGAGACCAACAAGAUUUUUGGAGAAUGAGCUUUUGAACGUCAGUGCUCUGACACUCGAAAGCUCAUACUCUGAAAAUCUUAUUGGUCUCUAAGGUGCUACUAGAUUUAAAUCUUGCUGUUCUACUGCAGACCAACACAGCUACCCACCUAAAACUAACAUUCUGUGUGUUUAUUUCACUGUUGAAGGUCAUGAUACUGAGGUAUUUAGCAUGGUGCUCUUGUUUCAGAUAGCCGGGUUUCUUUUCCUUGAAUCUUUACUGACACUAUAUUCAUACUGUUUUCUGGUCUGUUUUCAUAUUUCACAUUAUUAGUAAGCAUUUUUUCCUUAUAAGCCUAGUUUUUAAAUCCCAAGAAGCAAAUUCAUGUCAAGAGAAAUUUAUCCUUCAUAGGUUCUUGAUAAAUGUUUUAAACUUUAUUUUUGUACUGUAUAUGAAUAAUGACUUGUGUGGAAGGCUGGGACUCGGGAGGUUAUGCUUUACUAAGGCUACCCUGUAUACCUCUGAGGCUCUGCUGUCUGCUUUUUAAAUGAAAAUCUGUCACCUGAACACAUCUCUAAAGUUGAUACGUUUAGAAAGGUGAUAAAUAAAUAUAUGUCCAUGGAAGAGAAGUACCUUCCUCCAGCUUUUCAUAGAAAUCCCAACAGAAUGGUAGUAUUAACUAAGAAGUAAUGAAACUGCACAGACUGUUGCAUAAUUCUCUGCACAACUUGCUGCACAACCCUUGUGAACAUAUGAAGCCACCUUGUAGUGAAUUGGAUCAUUAGUCUCUCUUCCUCAGUGUUAUCGACUCUGACUGGCAGUGGCCCUCUAGGGUGUCAGGCAAGUAAGGUAAACUGAGAUCCUUUAAACUAGAGGUGAGAAUUAAGCUGCCAGUGUCCUUAUAGGCCAUUAAGACUGAUUUGUUCCUCUGCUUACCAAAUCCUCUGAUCAGUUUGUAGUCGUCACCUACACAAAACACCCAGCACGUGUCCUUUGCAUGUAGGGUUCCCACAAGUUUCCUGGGAAGUGUUUGACAAAGAAUGGCUGCUCACUGUGAUUUUGUACCAGAGAGAAUUGCCAGGGGAGGGAUUCUCUCCUGGGGCUGGCCAUCUGCUUUCCCCUACCUCUCUGUUAUUUGCUGUUUCCAGUCGCUCUGCACUUGCACUUCACAGGGCAAAUAGAGCUUGCUUUUUUGUUGUUUUAAAGAUGCAUCUCAGCAGAUAGUUGGCGGGGAACCAUUCUUCCUCCUCCUCCCCCUUUCCCUUCUGAGGGUACUGUAAUCACUUUGCCAGCUUUGCAAGAGAUUGAAGGGGGGAAGCAGGUGCUACAGCACUGGGGAGAUGGGAUCACCCACCCCCGCCUCACCGCAGGUCACCUUUUUUUGCCUAGUCCAGUUCAGGGCAAUUCACACUUUUUUCCCUCUGGUAGGCAGUGUGGAGAAGGGAGAAAAGAGCCAAUUCCACACUGCCUACUGGAGGAAGAAAAGUGUGAAUCCCCCCCCCCCGCAAAAAAUUAUCUGCCGAGAUGCACCUUUAGAAGAACAAAAAAAGAAAGCUCCAUUUGUCCCGCGAAGAGUGAGCGCAGAGCGACUGCAAACAGCAAGGGACCAGAGAGGCGGGGAGAGCAGCUGGCGGCCAGCCCCUUAAAAGGAACCCUCUCCUGGUGAUUCUCUCUGGUGGAGAAUCACAGCAAGUGGCUGGUCUUUGUCAUAUGACACUUCCCAGGGAAACUCACAGGAACCCAACACAUGAAGGACACAUGUCGGGCAUCUCUUGUAGUUAUCUCUUGUAGGGCAUCUCUUGUAGUCUUACAAUUAUGUUGCCAUUUCUUAGAGGAGCUGUGUCCAAACAAACAGUGAUGAAGUAUGUUUAUUGAAGCAAGUUAGAGAAGAAGAUAAGGCAUAAACUUUGUUGGAAUGUAAAAUAAAAGACCAAGUCCUCAAAUUGGUAACUUAUACAAAAUUAAUUAACUAUUAUGAUGUACAUAACAAAAAACAAAGUUUGCAUUGGCUGUGGUGUAGCAUUUUUUUUUUCUUAUGCAAACUGGGAAAGGAACUUUAUUGAUCAUUAUGGGUUACCUUGUAAGCAUCAUAUGCUGGAGGACUGAUGCUAAUUUGUAUAUUCAUGUGGGUGGGGGUCGUUGGGUUAAAGCUUCAUCAUGGGAGCAUAAUUCUACCACAGAUGUAUGAUCAUUAUGCUAUUCCAGUUUGCUUUCUAAUCCAGUAAAUGCUGCUGGGUACCUGUUCGUGUAAAACUCCCUCAACCUAUCACCUUAUAAUUUGUGUCACUUGAACUAUUGCUACUUGGGGUCAAGUUAAACUGCUUUAAAUGUUUUUAAAGAGUUGGGUCUAGGGAACCCAGACUGGGGUUUCCGCAGCCACACUUCAAUUGAAAAUAAAUGGCUGUUCAAAAAUAAAGGAAAGCCCAAACAGCCUCAGAAUGCCUCCCCGGGGAGAGGAGGGGCUCCUCCUUCCCCUCUCAAACCAUUUCCCCAUGUCAAAAUAGCAUGUGAGAGUUUCCCCUCUGUAUUUACUGCUCCACAUGCACAGAAUUCUCCAUGCGGAGCGGAAAAAAUGGGAAAACCCUCCUCCCAUGCUAUUUUGACACUGGGAAAAAACUUGAGGGGGGAGAGAAGAGCCCUUCCUCCCCCUGCAGAGACAUUCUGAGGCUGUUUUGGUUCUCCUUUAUUUUUUUAACCCCUGUCCCCGAAGCUGCUACAUAGCUGCAGGGAAUCUAGAUCCAACUCUAAAUAAACUUGCACAUUUAGCUUGACCCCAAGUAUACUCAGUAUACAGAGGGUUGAUUAAUAUAUUUAAGCUGGUGUUGAUAUAAACAGUAUAAUGAGCAAUUAAUUUUAUUGAUAGAAAAACUGAAGGUAAAUUAUUGCUAUUUUGCUAUUUGUUGACAUUCUAUGAAAAAAUAUUUUUUAAACACACUCAUACAAAAAGUUCAUUUGUGACAGUGCUACCUGUACCCCCCCCACACACACACACUACUCUAUUCUUGCAGCUUCUUCUGACAGCCCUCCCCCAAAAGAUUGCCCCUGCAAUCAUGGAACUUGUGCAGAGGAGGAGCCACAUAGAUCUUGAAGCCAGGGGGACAAGGAGAUGACCUUGCUCUUUCCCAGUCUGCAAGUGCAGCUCUGCUGAAAGGAGGAGGGCAAUUUCAUCCUCGUGUCCUUCCUUAUUCCAGGCCCCCUCCAAAACUGUCCUUCUGUGCCAAGCCCAUGACCACAAAUCAUUGUGGGGGGAGUGGAAGAGGCUAUAGGAUUGAGGAUAAAUGCACAGAUGUUGGUAGAUUUUUCUUGAGGAAAAUGUCUACACAAUCAUAACUUGCAAGUACCAUCGAAAUCAUUGCAUUCUGGUUUUGCAUUUUUACCAACAUUUUGCCAUUAUUACACAAUACAUUUUCCUUAAAAAUUUCAAGUUCCAUCACAGACUAGAAAAGGGGUAAGCAGUGGUGGUGGAGAGAAUGGAGCUAAGAAGGCACAGACCAAUAGAGGCAGGGGAGGUCUAGGAAAUAAAGAAUGGAAGUGGUAUAAGUUACAGACUAAUGAAAAGAGGAUGAUAGGGAGGGAGAAAUCUGAGAGCAAAAGUAAGAUUGGGAGAGAGAAUGAACAAAGAGAGGAGGGCUGCACAUGGCUGAGAGCUGUGAACGCUGAAGUUUAUACAUUGGUCUGAAAGAACCAGCCAAAGCUAUGGGAAUGGCCUGCUAAUAUAUUAGUUCUGAAUGGGAGAAUACAGUAGCAUUCAAUCUUGUACUUGACAUUAGAUGCUGAGUGGAGUCAGAAAGCUCCAGUAGUCCUAUUAACAUAGUCUGAUUUCUAAACACUGGAGUGUACACAAACAUGCACAUACACACUCAUACCCUGGACUGGCCAAUAUUUGACAGAAUUAUAGGAAACAAAGGCAGGGAUGUAAAUUAUGUUCCCAAAUUAUUAAGUUAAUAACAAGUUUUUGUGCAAUAACUAAUAUUCAGAUAAUUAAGAAUUAUCAAUCUCCUUCUCUUCCUCCAAAGAAAUCAAACUUUGGCAUCUAAGAAGCAGUAGUAGAGCUAUAUUGUUUAAGAAGCUACUGAUUUUGAAAAGACAUAAACCAGCUUCAGAGACUUAAAUGAGUCCUGUGUUCUUGUAUGAUUCAUGUUCCCUGAUCAUAGCACUAGCCCUUUCCCCCAAAUCACCCCAUAUUAUCUCAGUAAGAAUUGGUCUUGUGUAUAUAUCAUUGGCCUUCGUGUAUUAGAUGGGUCUGGAUCAAUCCUGUUUGGGAGGAAAAGAUACGCAUUUCUUACACACCUGCCACACAAGCAGCAAGAUGUAAGGGGCUGAUGUCUUCUCUGAACGUGAGUCAUGUAAAUAAAUGCUACUGCUAGUGAUGACUUCAACUUAGCAAAAGCUUUCGUUACUAACCCUUACUAGGGUUUAUUUUGUUUAUGCCUUGUAAAAUCAUUUCAGAAGACUUGUGAACACAACUAGAAAUGAGCUUUUGCUAGCUUUAUUCCUCUAUUGACCUUUAAUCGCUACUUGCACCAGUAAUCAAUACAUCUGUGCAGAGCUAUACAGUAUAUUCUGUAAGAUAUAUGUGCAAGAAUCCUGUGUCAACAUUUUUUUCCUGAACUGUAUGAAUUUGCUUCAUUGGAAAGUCUGAAAUCAAUAAAGUGCUAAAAGGACUUUUAACUUUUCA